AUGUUAACACCAACAUUGGAAGUUAAAAAGAAGGAGAUUGUUGAAACGAUUAAAACUAAACUAACUCAACAUAACAGGAAGAGAAAACGUGUUAGCAAAGAGGAGAAAGAAGAAAAAGAGGAGGUGAAUGGUGUUAAUUCAGAAUUGAAUAGAGUCAAUUCAGAAGUGACGAACUAUCAAAAAGGUCAUGAUUUCAAAAAUUUACUUCAUAAAAUCUUUAAUGAUGCUGGGUUUAUAGUACAAAAGAUUCAAGUUACUGAAGGUGACGGAG